CUUGAUUCAUUACGGUGGUACUCGGUAUAAAAAGUUUGAGAACCAGUAUUGUGGGCGGUAAUCAGUAGGAACACAACGUGACGAUGAACUCCAAACGUUGGACUGAAUUUGGGUAGGCGUUCGUUUUGUGCGUAAUCACAGUUGUUAAAAUGCCCAUACUUUAAAAAAAUGGACGUACCAUACUGUUGAUAAAGCAUUGAUGACGGUAACCGUUGGACUUUGAGGCAUCAUUACUGUUUAAUUGUGGAGAUCUUCCACUCUACCCAAUUUGCAAUGUUUUAACUGCUGCAGUGUGCUUCAAGACACCAACGACCAUCCACCAGCAACUUUCUUCCCACACUCUGCCUCUUCAUCUCCCCUCUUCCUCCUCCACAUCCUCCUCCUCGUCUUCUUCUUCUCCCCCCAGACAUGAUGGCGUGACAGCUGCUCCUCGUUGUCGCAGGUGAACACGCAAAGCGUAUUUUAGUGCGUGCGGAAAGAUUCGCCGAGGAAGUCGCGUACUACCCCGAGAUCUUCCCUUUUCUCCUCCUACUUUUCCUUCGUCCUAUUGAUCGUCCCGGUGCACGAAGCACACUGGUUGGGUGGUUUUUUUUUGUGUGUGUGUGCAAAAACUAGCUGCGCGCGCUGCGACGCGAGCUAUCAGGGGAGAGAAGAGAGAGAGAAAUAGAGAGAGAGAGAGAUAGAGAGAGAGAACACUGUGCCACUAAAACCCUGGGCGGGAUUCCAUCAUGGUUGCGCAAAGGAGAAGUUAGACUCGAACACUGACUGCGCCUUUGCUGCUUCAGUUUUCUCAUUUGCGGGUUUUUUUUCCCAUCGAAGCUGAUUUUUGUUUUACCGUUUCCAGAUCCCUCUUUUUCCCCUUGUUGUUCUUGUUUUUUUUUUUCUCGAUACACUCUUUUAAACGCGUGGGAUUUAUCGGAAGGCAGUGAAAGCAACCAGCGUGCGUGGCGGAGCAAACGUGAUGCGCAUUGGUCCUUGAAUGCACCUCGGGCGCUCAGGAUCCUCGAAAGGACUCUGGGGGAGCUUUUUCGUGUCGCUAAUCCUCCAGGGGUUGGAUUUGAAUGCUUGUUUCCCCCCACCUCCCGUUUUUGGACAGAUUUAACUGUGACAAUCCCCGACGCGUCUUUUGGGAUCUUUUCAUCAGCUUCCAUCCCUCCACAACCAGGCGUCGAUUUGGAAUACAUUAACUCCCCCCCGUUUACCCGACGCGAUUCGCCCCCACCACCCUUUCAAAAAAAAAAGUGGAGGCAGCCCGGGAGGGAAUCAGGUGCAACUCUUCAUUAGUUUUGACGCCGGCUGCUUUCAAGUAAAGCCUCGUGACUAGGCACCCGGAGCGGAGCGAUAAUCGGGUGGCUCUUUCCUGUUCCAAACAGCCACCGACCGCGACGACAAGUGCCUUCUGGUGGUGAGUGGACAUCACAUCCAGCUGAUCGGGAUACUGAUGUGAUUCUCGCAAUGGACACCAGCGCUUGACUUGUGGAACAGGAACGCGAUUGAGAAUGGAGAGGCUGAUCCUGUGUGUGCUGCUGUGUGGUGCCCUGGUGAAGGGCAACAGUUGUCCUGGCCGCUGCAUCUGCCAGCACCUGUCGCCCACCCUGACGCUCCUCUGCGCCAAGACGGGCCUCCUUUUCGUGCCGCCCACCAUCGACCGCAAGACAGUAGAGCUGCGGCUCACCGACAACUUCAUCACCGUCAUCCGCAGGAAGGACUUCUUCAACAUGACCAGCCUGGUGCACCUCACCUUGUCCCGCAACACCAUUAGCCAGAUUACUCCCGAGGCCUUCUUCAGCCUCCGCUCGCUGCGCGCGCUGCACAUGGACGGAAACCGCCUGAGUGCAAUCAGAAGCGACCAUUUCAAAGGCCUGAACAACCUACGACACCUCAUCCUCGGGAACAACCAGAUCCACCAAGUAGCGGCCACGUCCUUUGACGAGUUUGUUUCCACCAUCGAGGACCUGGAUCUGUCCAACAACAACCUGCGCACCCUGCCUUGGGAAGCCAUAGCCCGGAUGACAAACAUCAACACGCUCACCCUGGACCACAACCUGAUCGACCACAUCGAAGCGGGCACCUUUACCCUGCUCACCAAGCUGGUUCGCCUGGAUAUGACAUCCAACCGGCUGCAGAAGCUGCCGCCCGACAGCCUGUUUCAGCACGCCCAGGUGCUGUCAGACGCAAAGGGUUCCAGCUCAUCCACUCUGGCCGUCAGCUUCGGGGGCAACCCGCUUCACUGCAACUGCGAGCUGCUGUGGCUCCGCCGGCUGACCCGCGAGGAUGAUUUGGAAACUUGCGCCUCCCCGGAACACCUCAUGGACAAGUAUUUCUGGUCCAUACAAGAGGAAGAGUUCAUCUGCGAACCACCACUGAUUACCAAACACCUUGCCACCAAGCCCCACGUGAUGGAAGGGCAGGGGCUCACCCUGAAGUGCAAGGCGGUUGGCGAUCCCGACCCAGAGAUCCACUGGCGUUCGCCCGAUGGCAAGCUGGUGCACAACAACUCCCGCACCAUUCUGUAUGAAAACGGCACCCUUGAUAUUCUCAUCACCACCCUGAAGGACAGCGGCGCGUUCAACUGUGUGGCCUCCAACGCGGCGGGCAUCGCCACUGCCGCCGUGGAGGUCAACAUGAUCCCCCUGCCUCUGUUCGUUAACAACACAGGCCACAUGCGCGAAGACCCAGGCCUGUCUGAUAUCACCACCUCGUCCAAGUCGGCCAAUGACACAAAGCACAAGCAGGGCAGGCGGGUGCUGGUCACCGAGGUGACUUCGUCGUCGGCCGUAAUCCGAUGGCCAUCCGAGCGUCACAUCCCCGGCACCAGAAUGUACCAGGUCCAGUACAACACCACCGUUGACGACACACUGGUGUACAGGAUGAUCCCGCCCACCAACAAAGACUUCCUGAUCAACGACCUGGCGGCCGGGCGCGAGUACGACUUGUGCGUGCUGGCGGUGUACGACGACGGCGUCACGUCGCUGACGGCCACGCGCGUGGUGGGCUGCAUCCAAUUCCACACGGCCAGCGAGGUCAGCCAGUGCCGCUUCAUGCACAGCCAAUUCCUGGGAGGCACCAUGAUCAUAAUCAUCGGCGGCAUCAUCGUGGCAUCCGUCCUGGUGUUCAUCGUCAUCCUUAUGAUCCGCUACAAGGCCUACGUCGGGCCAGAGGAUGCCAAGGACAAGACGGACCCCGGCGUUCGCUCGCAGGCCAACGGCAGCCACCAGCGGCUACAGCACUCGGCCUCGGGUCAGGCUUCGGACGAGGACCAGCGCGACGGGCCCAAGGAGUGCAUGGCGCUGGUUCUAAAGGUGGACCAUGAGACAAAAGAGGACACCGGAGCCUUAGUGGCUGUUGGGGCGCCCUCUGCCGUUCCGAAUGUGGAACUGCCUCCGCCAACCAAGCGAAGGACCAGCCUGCCGCCGGAGGACACGCAGAUGGACACCCAGACAGACAGUACCCUGACGGGCUCCGCUAUGUCGCUGUGCCUGAUGGGCGCUAAUGCCAGCUCUGCCGAGGUGCCGCGCUUCGUGGACAAGAAGGGCGUCUUGUCCAAAGCGGGGUUCCUGGUGCCCAAUGAGCUGGCGCGAACUCGGCACAGGUUCUCCUUCGACGGAGGAGACUACUCCAUAUUUCAGAGCCACAGUUACCCGCGACGGGCCAAGACGAGGUGGCACCGCUCCACCAACCAGCUGGACGCCGAGUCGUCGUCGCCCCUGGCCAACCGCCGGGUGACAUUCAGCAGCACUGAGUGGAUGCUGGAAAGCACCGUGUGAGCGGACACGCCGCUGAACAGACGGACAAAAAAAGAAAAGAAACAUGACAUCAACCCUUCACCCCCAACCGCACACGCCAGAGAUGUUUGUCAGUGAUCCCGUGCAUCAUUUGUUCUUUCUGUUUUCAGUUGGCAAUUGAGAACGGGACUCGCAACUGUUUUCUUUUUCUUUUCUUUUUUUUCUUUUUUUUUUUUUUUGUUAAUCAAUCACACGGGUGGCAAAACCACCCGUCAGGGUACGUUUUAGAUUCUUUCCGACAUUUCGGCCGAAGAGCCUAAAUAUUUGGGAGUCGAGUGGAUCAGUCAAGUCAAGUCAAGUCAACAGUAUUUAUAGAGCACUUUCAAACAGCCAUCGCUGCAUACAAAGUGCUGUACAUGGAGCGAUUUAACAUACACAAUAAACAGUAAGACGAAUCGUAAUAAAGGCGGUAGAAAGCAACAAGCAGUAAAAUCAAGAACAAAUCUAAGUCAUGCUGAGUCGAACGCCAAAGAAUACAAGUGAGUUUCAGGGAUAAGAAGCCGGAGCCACACGCCUCCUCCAUCAACAAACAGUGCAGCUCAGCUUUCUUUUUGUUUUUUGUUUUUUAACUUGUGCAGUGCAACUUGCAGUUGUUCCCUGACUAGAUGGAGCCAAAUUAAGAAGUGCCAUGACAUAGCAUAACAAUUGCCAGUAUUUAAAUUCUAACUGUUGCACUUGUCUGCACUGAGUUUGUCUUUUCUAAAAAGACAAUGUAUGAGCUGUUGAACUUCCCUUUUUUUAAUGUCAUUGAAGCUGUUCGUUUUUUCACAGAAGAUAAGCAAGGGUAUCGUUUGCAUUCGUUUCCUUACUGUACCGGAUGUAGAGCUGCAACAAAUAAUUAUUUCACUUCUGACUUUUUAAUUCACUGUAAUAACUGUGGCCAACCAUCAUGACAAUGUGAAAACAUUGCAGUAAAAAAAAAACUAAAUAAUAGUCACGAUUUCCUUUUUGAAUUCCAAUUGCCAAUUGAAAACAGAAAGAAGGAAGGAUACGCAGAUCGUCAGACCAAGUUGUUUCUUUAAUGCAGCAGUGCCUUAAUUCUCACAAACGGAACAAAAAAAAAGAUGAAAAGGUAUGAAUGGAAGAUGCUGCUCGGCGUCAUUGGGGGAAAAAAAACACCUCUCCGUUAUUUCUUUGAUAAAUUGUUCGUUUAUGACUGUCCGUGUGAGGUUUGUAAGUGUUUCUUCUUUCAUUGUUCAAAAAAAGAGGGGGGAAAGAAGUGCAACUUUAAAAUCAACAGCAAAAAAAAAAAAGACUUGUGCACAGAAGACACGAAGAUACAAGGACAUGUAUCAACACCGGAGUAAUAAUUUAAACGGAUCAGCAACAGAAAAGCCGUAUUUUACACCUUUCUUAACAGUGAAGGGAUUCCUCCUCGCUUCUCAAGGGACUGGAUGGCGUGAAACAGCUCCAGAUGUGACUGGAUAUUAUGAACACUAUCUGGCUGGUCUAGAUCGAAAAAGAUGACAGAUGACUACAAAACCGCAAAAGAUGACCUAUCUAAGUAUAUUCAAACAUUUGAUGUAUGUGUACUAACUAUGUAAAAUAAGGAAGUCAUAAUGUCACAUGACUUUUUACAAAAGCAUUUGGGUGUUGGCUGCAAGUUUUUACAUUAAAAACCUGUCAUCACAUCUCUAUAUGUCAAAUAUGGGUCGAUGUGUCCGUUUUUUUAUUUUUAUUUAUUUUUUUAGGUUCAUGGAGCAUACAUGAAUCUGUGUCAACUAUGGAUUCGUUGGUCAAAACAGUUGUUAAACGUGAAAAAUCUCUCAUAAAAUUUUAAUGAGAGACAUUGAUUUAAAAA